AAUGGCGGACGAUCUGCCGUUCAAGGCUGAGUACGCCAAGUCGAACCGUUCUUCUUGCAAAUCGUGCAAGGAUAAUAUCUCAAAAGAUAGCCUGAGGCUGGCGAAAAUGGUCCAGUCCCCGCACUUUGAUGGCAAGAUUCCCCAUUGGUUUCACUACAACUGUUUCUUCAAGAAGAUCAAAGCAAAAGCUUCCAGUGACAUAAGUGGCUUUGAUUCCUUAAGAUGGGAUGAUCAAGAGAAGAUCAGAGGCAAAAUGGAUGGGGGAGGAGAGGGUGGGGGUAAGGGCACUCAACCAGCUAACAGUGUUGCAGAUGACCUUUUGGUAGAGUAUGCUAAGUCCAGCCGUAGUAAAUGCAAAAACUGCAAGGAACAGAUUGACAAGGGAGAAGUUCGCCUUGCCAAGGUCAAGGAGCCAGAUGCUGAAUCAAGUGCUCCAGCUGGUGUUGCUAUUCCCUGGUGGCAUCAUAUUGAUUGCUUUCUGGAAAACCGUGAAUCUUUGGAGGUCGACUCUUCUGUGACAGCUGAGUCAUUCUCUGGAUUCACUAUCUUGAAGAAGGAAGACAAAGACUUGUUGAAGAGCAAACUGGGAACAGUGAAAUUGAAGAAGGCUGGGAAAGGGAACAAAAGAAAAGCACAAGCAGUGGAUGAAACAGAUGCUAAACGAACAAAGACAGCAGAGGAAGAUGAAUGUGAGAAAAAGUUGAAGGACAGAAGGAUAUUGUUGUACAGGAAAUUUAACUGGCUGGACCAAAUGCACCUUUGUAACAAAACAACCCAAGAGAGAAAAGUGGACUAUUUCAAAAGAAUUAAAGGAAGAAUCAGACUUUUUGAAAAACUUCAAAUGCAAGAAGAGAGAAAGGAUCUUUCCUAAAGUACCCACUGCUCCUGCUGUUACGCCAUCCAAAGCAGUAAUCAAAUCAGAGUUGUCUCCUUCAAUGGCUUCUCCACUUUCUGCAGCAGCAUCUGAUAAACCACUUUCCAAUAUGAAAUUCGUUUUAAUUGGCAGACUUCAACAAAGCAAGGAGAAAAUCACUAAGACAGUACAGGACCUGGGAGGAUCAGUGGUGGAGAAGGUUAAUGCCCUUUCGGAUUGCUGUAUUAGCACUCAAGCUGAGGUGGAUAAGAAGAGUAAAAAGAUGAAAGAUGCUGAGAAGUAUAAUGUGCCAGUUGUCAGUGAAAAAUAUUUGGAUGCUGUCAAAAAGGGAGGGGCUAAGCUGAUGAUCACACAACACAGUAUUGUACCAUGGGGAGAUAAAAAGGGUAAAAGUAUGGUUGAUGGUUCUCCUCCUCCAUCAGAAGCCAAAUCAAAGAUAAAGAAAAGUGCUUCAGAAGGUGGUGGUGCUGCCAAGAAGAUGAAGGUUGCCGUCAAAGGUGGAGCAGCAGUAGACCCAGAGUCAGAGAUGGAGGAUACGUGUCAUGUGCUAGAGGAGAAAGGAAACAUUUACAGUGCCACCCUCGGCUUAGUGGACAUUGUCAGAGGAACAAACUCUUACUACAAAUUGCAAAUUUUACAAGCUGACAACGGAAAAGCUUGUCAUAUUUUUCGAUCAUGGGGAAGAGUUGGAACAACUAUCGGGGGAAACAAAUUAGAGCGUUGCGGAUCUCCAAGGUCAGCCAUCGAAAAAUUCAUGGAACUCUAUGCUGAAAAAACAGGAAACAGUUGGCUGAAUAGAAAGAAUUUUGUCAAACACCCAAAUAAGUUCUACCCAUUGGAAAUUGACUAUGGACAGGAUGACGAAGAGUUAAAGACAACCAUUGCAGCCGGAAGUAAAUCCUUGCUACCUAUGCCUGUCCAAGAACUUAUUAAAAUGAUAUUCGAUGUUGAAUCCAUGAAGAAGACGCUGGUUGAGUUUGAAAUCGAUUUGAAGAAAAUGCCAUUGGGAAAACUAACAAGACGACAGAUUGAAAGUGCGUAUUCUGUUCUGGGGGAGGCGCAGAAAUUAAUUUCAGACGGAAGUAGCAGCAAUUCUCUUCUGGAUGCGUCAAAUAGAUUCUAUACCCUGAUCCCGCAUGACUUUGGUAUGAAGAAACCCCCUCUCUUAGACAACUUGGAACUAAUUCAGGCUAAAGUGGGAAUGUUAGAUAACUUACUCGAUAUUGAGGUGGCUUACAGUCUGUUAAAGAGUGGUGAUGAGGACUUGGCCAAGGAUCCUUUGGACGUCAAUUAUGAAAAAUUAAAAACUGAUUUGGAGGUUCUAUCUAAAGAUGGUAAGGAGUUUUCUUUGAUUGACGAGUACGUCAAAAAUACUCAUGCUGAGACACACCAACAGUACGAACUUGAAAUACUUGAGGUUUUCAAGGUAAAUCGUCAUGGCGAGAAGGAACGAUUCCAGCCUUUCAAGGAACUACACAAUCGCCGCUUGUUGUGGCACGGGUCUCGCAACACAAACUACGCUGGCAUUUUAUCUCAAGGGCUCAGGAUCGCUCCACCUGAGGCCCCAGUGACAGGUUAUAUGUUUGGGAAAGGCGUUUACUUUGCUGAUAUGGUGUCCAAGUCAGCAAACUACUGUCGAGCCACGCCCUCUGACAACAUUGGCCUAAUGAUGCUGUGCGAGGUUGCUUUAGGAAAUAUGCACGAAUUAACUGGGGCAAGCUACAUAUCAAAACCUCCAAAAGGGAAGCACAGCGUUAAAGGCUGCGGUAAGACUGGACCAGACCCUUCUGCGGACGUCACCUUAGAGGAUGGCACGAUUGUUCCUGUUGGCAAAGGAUGUAACACAAGUUUUAACGACUCCAGCCUCCUCUACAAUGAAUAUAUCGUGUACGAUGUUGGUCAAAUUAAUAUCAAAUAUCUGCUCAAGUUAAACUUCAAGUACAAAUACGGAUGGUGAAUUUAAUGUGUUGGUUUACCCUGCCUCCAAUAUAAGGGAAAAGAUUUAAGAAAAUACUUAAAAUUACUAAGCUUUUUUUUAAAUGAAUUAGUUGAAGUUAGUUAGGUUACUGUUCAAGUGCUACACUAGAGCUUGUUAGUUAUUGGUAAGGUAAGUGUUUCUUAACCCUGCAACUCCCAGAAAGUGAUCAAACUUUAAGUUCUCCCUAUAAUAUCAAUACAUUAUCCAGCAAACAGGUAAUGAGAAUACUCUAAGUUAUCAGAGAGAGGUUGUUAUCUUUAUCUAACAACAAAUUCUCACAACUUAUUUGCAAGGAAAUGUGAAGUAGCUCGAGGGGAGAAUCAAUAUUCAGAUCUUGGGAACUGAAGAGUUAACCCUUUAACUCCCAUGAGUGACCAAGACACAAUUUCUCUUUACAAUGUCAAUACAAUAUCAAGCAGACAAGUGAUGAGAAUAAAGAAAAAUAGAAAUUAGGGGAAUAGAAGUUGAUCCAAUACCACAUUCUCCAAACCAACAUCACUAGAACUGUAUGGCAGACAGUAAGGAGAAUUACUAAUGAGAUCUAGGGAGUGAAAGGUUUAACAAAUUGCCAUCAACGGUCAUGCGUUAGGUUUCAUUAGAGGGAAUUGGGAUUCGUAUGGUGAAAUGUUGCUGUUUUUAGUGUUUUGCUUUUGUCUUCUUUUUAUGAAAGACGUCUUUGUCUUGGGCUACCAGAUUUAUUUACAUAAGAUUCCUCGAGAGAGGAGCUAAGAAAGAGGGAACAGGCGUCUUCGCAAAAGCACACGAUUCCUCAAAAUAAAAGACAAAAAAUACUGCCUCUUGUUAUCGUU